CCCAUUCAACGGAAGAGGAGACUGAACCGCCAGCGUCGGUCUACCCUGCCAGCGUCGGUCUACCCUGCCCGCCUCACUUAGCCAGACCAGGCUGAGCACCGCUUGGAGGGCGUAGACACAGUGCGCGAGCCAGGCCUCAGGCCCCCCACCCCUACCCCGCCGCCACCCUCGGCGCCCAGGGCGGGGCCUCAGCCCAGGUGCGCGGCGGCGGCGGCGGCGGCAGAGCUUCGCGGAGGGAGGAAGUGUGUCCCCAGCGGCGGCCCGUGCCGCGCUCCCGCGAGACGCUCACCUGCGCUCCAGGUAUGUGGCACAAAACAAAGUACAUGGGCUCCAGAGUCUGGCAGACCACAGCACAAAUCCUGUUCCAUCCCUUUCCAGCUCGGUGUCUCUGGGCAAGUCACUUGUGAGCUUCUGCUUCCUGAUCUGUAAAGUGGAGAUACACUACUUCCUGAGCAGGUGCCUGGCUGCAACAAAUCAUGCAAUGAGCCAUGCCCCGCCCUGGACACCCCCGCCCAUCAUCUGGGCCCCCACGCUUGGGACCCUGGGAGCGGCCAACAGAACUAUGCGUGGAGACUUUUGAUGAGCCAUCCCAACCCCCACCAAGCCGCCGCACCCGCAGGCCAGACCCCAAGGACCCUGGCCACCAUGGGCCCGAGAGCCUUACCUUCAUCUCCAGCUCUCCUGAGUCUGCUGCUGAGCCCCCGGCCUGCUGCCUGCCCUGGAGACCGUGGGUGUGGGACUGGUGCCGGGCUGCCUUCUGCUUCCGCCGCUGCCGGAGUUGCCUCCAGCGAUGCGGGGCCUGCAUGCGGGGCUGCAGCCUCUGCUUGUCUGCUGGCGACUCCCCUGAGGGGGCUGCUGAAGCCAGCUGGGCCAAAGAACACAAUGGAGUACCCCCCAGCCCCGAUCGCGCACCUCCCAGCCGGCGGGACGGCCAGCGGCUCAAGUCAACCAUGGGUAGCAGUUUCAGCUACCCUGACGUCAAGCUCAAAGGCAUCCCUGUGUAUCCCUACCGCAGCACCACCUCCCCAGCCCCUGAUGCGGACUCCUGCUGCAAGGAGCCACUGGCUGAACCCCCACCCAUGCGGCACAGCCUGCCUAGCACCCUCGCCAGCAGCCCUCGUGGCUCCGAAGAGUACUACUCCUUCCAUGAGUCGGACCUGGACCUGCCUGAGAUAGGAAGCGGCUCCAUGUCCAGCCGAGAGAUCGAUGUGCUCAUCUUCAAGAAGCUGACCGAGUUAUUCAGUGUACACCAGAUUGACGAGCUGGCCAAGUGCACAUCAGACACUGUGUUCCUGGAGAAGACCAGUAAGAUCUCGGACCUUAUCAGCAGCAUCACCCAGGACUACCACCUGGAUGAGCAGGAUGCCGAGGGCCGCCUGGUUCGCGGCAUCAUUCGCAUCAGUACCCGCAAGAGCCGAGCCCGCCCGCAGACCACAGAGGGCCGCUCCGUGCGGGGUGCAGCCCCUGCUGCUGCCCCUGACAGUGGCCACGAGACCAUGGUGGGCUCAGGGCUCAGCCAGGAUGAACUCACAGUGCAGAUCUCCCAGGAGACCACUGCAGAUGUCAUCGCCAGGAGGCUGAGGCCUUAUGGAGCCCCAGGAUACCCAGCCAGCCACGAUUCAUCCUUCCAGGGCACAGACACAGACUCGUCAGGAGCACCGCUGCUCCAGGUGUACUGCUAACCCUUCUGGGAGAAGUAGAGCCCACAGCCAGAAGAGGGGAAGCAAGCCCCCCUUUGGAGGAGGCUGGGUCCCCUGGCCCCUCCCACUUCAGCUGACUGGUUCCUGGACCAUGUGCAUUUCACUGAGCGACGGGUGCCCACAUCACCCUGGAUCCCUCGCUGGCCUGACCCCUGCCUGGGCCUGUUCCUUCCUGCCCACGGUCUUCAGGCAGCCUGGAUCAUGGAAGGCAAAGACUUAGAGGAGUUACCAUCUGGGACUGAAUCCCAGCUCUACUGUAACCAGUCAAGCAAACUCCCCUCUCCCCAGGAUGAGGGUAGCACGUGAGAGGGUGACAGUUCAAAGCAGCUUAUCUUAAAUGGAUUGGGUUGGGGGGCAGGCAGGGCCUCUUGUCUCAAAUUCUGUGGGCAGUGCCCACUCCACAUUAUGUUCUAUUCGUUCUUGGCUUAUGUUCUAUAUGCUAACAUGACAGUAGUUUCAAGUACAAAGAUAGUAGAUGACUGCCUGGACAUCUCGGCUGUGAUAAUGCUCUUUCUGUCCAAUCUGCUUGACCGAUACACAGAGCAAGAGACAGGAUAGAGCGCCCAGCCUGCCUUAGUGUUGUGGGGUCAAAGUCAGAAGACUAAAAUGAGAACAAGAAUGUCCACCUCUCAGGUUCACUGAAUUCCAGUGAGCCAGUUUCUAUAGUUUACGUACCUGAGAAAGGUCUGACAAGUGGUUUCUGUCAUUGUUCAGAGGUUCUUCUAGGUAGGCCUACCCGGACCCCUCAGUUCACCCAGUUCACUGCCUACAGCCUGGCCUGCUUCUCGCCAUCCCUGCAGUUGCCCCAAAUCCUUGAGGAUGGGUCAGCCCCCUCCCAGCCUCAAAUGAGGCUGCUUCCACCUCUCCCUGGUUCUGAUAGAGCACUGCAGUCUACUGGGACCUUCUUGACCUUCCCAGUAACCCUGGAGUGGGGUCAGGACUAGGAGGCUGGGGCUCAGAGGGGUCAAGGAACUUGUCACACAGCUAGUAACUGGCCCUGGACCUGAAAGCUGGCCUCUUAGCAGUUCUGCCCCAAAGCUGGCAAGCUGACCUGCUUGAGGCAGAAGGAGGUCCCCGUUUGGACACAAGCCCAACUGGGUUCAGAAAAAUCCUACUUAGCUACUCCUCACAUGCACGAGUGUCUGUCCUCAGCAGUGAGGACAGAGCAGGCCCACAAGCCCAUUCUUGGCUGAACGAAUUAGGUGCCCACGAUCCCUACCUACUCACCUAUAGCUCCCAUACCUUACCUUUUUAUUGUCCCCACAGGCCCUUUUGGGAAGUGACAAUUAGACAAACUACUUAUCCAGCUCCCUA